CGCCAUGUCGAGCGCGGCAAAAGCACCAGCGGAGCAUGCGCAGUAGGGUUUCUUUCGUACCUCCUGGCAGCCCUCAAGAGAGGCGAGGGCGGAGGCGAGCGCCGCGCAUGAAUGCUGGUCAUGCGCAGUGGGGCGAACGGAGGGCGCGAUAAAUCGAGAGCUGCCUGGGGCGAUCAGCUGCGCAUGCGCCGUUUGGCGAACGAUAGGGCGACGGUGCUGUCUUGGCGGGACGGUUAAAUUGCAAAGUAAGUGCGGCGUCGUGUUAAGACUGGGAGGGGGCUGAGGCAGUCCUUCCUCAGAGGCUUAGGGUGGGGAUUCAAUAACUGGGCUGGCUGUACCUAGUGCGCUUCUGCUUUUCAGGUUUCCGUUUCCACAAACACGAAAGAUACUCUGUAUAUGCUCAGAGGCUCUUGCUCCCUCGGUUCAGUUUUAACAAGACCGUGUUUUCUUUCCUUCGGGGGACAAAUAUAUGUUUCUGGUGCUCGGUGUAAGAACCUGAAUAGGAGUUUUGUUCCUGCAUAUAUGAAAUUAAUAAAUAUAAGCAACUGACACAAAUGGCCAGCAGAGGCCUGAGGAAAUAGAGGGCUUUAUGGUUUUUUUUGUUUUUUUUUUAAGCAAGCACCUGGACAACAUUGCCGGCAUUUGCCUUGGCUCACAGUGGAGGUGAGGAGAGGGUUGCCACAAGAAAUGAAAAGUUACUGUGAAAUGAAUCUCUUUGGACUGUGGCAGAGUCAGGAGAUGAAUGUAGUGGGUUGAAAGUAGUGAUUGGGCAGGUUGAUACAAAAAAAAAAAAAAGUGCUCCCAUGGGUAGUCUGGUGCUUAAGGAAUCAUUAAAACUUUCAACUUAACCUGAGAAUAUAAAAGUCUUCACCUGACACCAAAAUAGUGGUGGGUACCAGGUUAGCCUCCCUCAGGACUCCAAAGAAUUGCUUGACCACAGCUGCCCUCUUCCUACCACCCACCUAAUAAGGCUGGUACACCUGGAGGAGAAACAAGAGGAACCAUACUUCCUAGUUUUUUGGGUAUUUUCUCACUAGUGUGAGAACAGGAAUAGGAUAUGUUCUGGGAAGUAUUUAAGAGUUUCUUUCUCUAGGGCUCGCUUUUUAAAACAAACUUCUUUUUUUGCUGUUUUUCAGACCAACAGAACCGAACAUGAGACGAUCAGCAGCUCCUAGUCAACUGAUGGGAAAUUUAGUCAAAAAGCCAAGGUUUAUACCUCCAGGAAAAACCCAUAUGUUGUCUCUGAAAAAAGAAUCUGAACGCUCAGGCUCAGAGGUAAUAUUAAAAGGGAGGAAGGAAGCAAGUGUAAUAUUAUUACUGAAUGAAAACUGUACUUGAAGAAUCUAUGUCAGAAAUCCAUGGAAUCUUAAUUCUCACUGGGGUAAUAGGUUUCUUUCUGGCCUAGGCUAUAAGGGGCUUACGGUAUCAGAUGCUUCACUCACAAAUUUCUUCCAUAUAGAAGACAAGCUGUCAGGGAGUGCCAGUAUCACUUCCACUCUGAUACUUAACUUUCUGUAUGCAGGGAUUUAUUUAUUUUUCGGUGGGGGAGUAUGCAAUCAUGUAUGCUGCCACUUGCAACCUGAAGCUGUCCAGCCCAGAUGCAUGUUUACUUGUAAUUUUGCAUUCUGCUCUGUUAGUCCAUAUGUAGAAGGGUCCUGAAAGCAAAACUAUAGACAAAUCGUCUGAAAAAUGACUCCACAGCUAAACAUCAGUGGCAUCAGUUGAAACUGGUUCACUCAAUGGCAGCGUUUGCAUGUCACAAUAGUUGAUGGUUUACUGUCAACGUGCAGAAGUCUCCCACUUCAUUCCUCCCUUCUAGCCAGUGGAAGAAAAAAAUACAAUCCCUAGCUUACUGUUCCAUUCAAACUAGGGAUUGUGAUUUGUUUCACUCAAAGCAAACCACUAUGUGAAGCCAAAGUUUCUAGGUUUACCAGUUGGAUUUUGGUUGAAGCGAAAUAAACAAUGACUCCCAGUUUGGAUGUAAUGGCAAGCCAGGGAUUUUGGUUUGCUGCACCCACUCUCACCAGGGGAUGAACAAAGUGGAAGUGAUCACUUUGUGCGUGGUAAACUAUUACCUUUGGCAUACUAGAACACACAGACCAGGCCUUUGUUCUUUUGCACGUGUGUUAAGAUUGUGCCAUGGUUUGUACAGUAUCUUUAUAUUAAUGUGGAACUUAGGGAUGCUGUGUGAGCACAAUGCUUGGUACUGAAUAGAGCCACAAAUACUAGAUUCAUAUGUUAUUUCAAAGUACAUAUGUGCAGAAGGCCGAUGUUAGCCUUCGUGUCCUAGAGAAGCCUUUCUCCCACUACUUCAGUUUUCAUUUGUGUUCUUUCCCCAAAGUUCUCUAAAGGAAGGCUAGAGAAAUAUAUCUGCUCCCAGUAACUCUGCCCCAGUCCCAGAAGUUCUCCAUUGGGCACUUCUAGGAUAGCCUCAUCCCUAUGUUUUGACCUUCUCUUAGAAUGGUAAGGCCAGGGAGUGCAGACAAAUCUCUCUCCACUGGCUUGGAAAUUGUGGAGAGAGCAUAGUUAAAGCUAGGCUUCUCACAGUGCCUCCUUCCCUCCUUGGAGCUCUCUCCUUCAUCAUAUGAACUACUUCUUUCAGGCUUCAGCUAGUAUUUAAAUAAGAAAAAGCUACACACUUAUUUUGAUACUGUUGCAUGAAAAGUUGUGUACAAUCUAAACUGUUUCAGUGUCUUGUAGGUGGAUGAGGGACAACUGAAUGGCUCAACAUCUGCAAACAUCUGUUCUACAACUUGUGACUUAAGUUCUACACUGGCUGUGAAAUCUGAUCAAGGAGAAUUUUGCUCUAAAAAUAAUAAUAAUGACUGCCAUUUUGAAACUGGAGUGAAAUCACCAUAUAGAACUAAAAUAGGUAAGAAAACAAACAUUUGAAUGUUAUCCUAGUAGACUGGUUUAAUAUAAAGUAAAGCAUAGCAGUUUUUAAAAUUGCUUAUGAAGGAAAGCUGUCAAGAGCUUGAGAGUGAAGUCAAACCAUUAGCAGGGAUGGCCAACUCCCAAGAAGCUGUGAUCUACUCAGAGUUAAAAACUGGCAGUGAUCUACCCUCUUUUGGGGGGUUCAGGUUAAAGUUGUUGAGCUUUUUUGGGGGAGGAGGAAGGCCCAUUUUUUAGGGCUUGGGAGCAUGAGUUCUGAGAACUGUAAACAAUAAAUGAAGGUUAAAUAAAUCCAUCAAAAAAUCAAUCUAUAUCUACUAGCUGUAGACUGUGACAUAAUGAUUUCUGUAUUUUAUUAUAGUAGGAUGGUAUGUGUUUCUUUGAAUAAAUUAAAAACCUAUCAGAUCCCAUAAUUGCCUUAUACCCUUUCAGAUUUGUUAAUCCACUUGCCCAAUUUUAUGAUGCUUAGUGUUCGUGCUGCUUUUGAUAAAUUGUACUUUGUUUGAAGGAUCCUUUUUGUUGUUGUUGAGGCACGUUUCUGACCUGCAUGAUGCAUGGUUCUGGUUUGCUGGUUCCAUUUGGUUUUGUGGUUCUGUUAAUAGCCUCUCUGGCACUCUUUUUGUUGGAAUGUUACAUUUGUUUUUCUGACCCUGUUUUUAAAUUGGCUGCUUUGAAUGGUUUGUGACACAGUUGUACUCCCAUUUACCUGGUUAGAAGUUCCACCUGAUUGAAUAGGACUGACCUCAGAAGAGACAUGUAUAAAACAUCGUUGUAUCUUACUAGUCUACAGGAGGCUCCCCUAUUUCAGAGGCGGAAACUGUUUUUUCCAGCCCAAGGGCUACAUUAACUAUUGGGCAACCUUUCAGGUGACACAUGCCAUCGGUGGGCAGGGCCAAAUCAAUGGAUACAACAGGCUUGCUUCUGCAUUCAUACCACCCUCUCUGUCCUCCAGCCAGGAAUUACCAGACUUCAGGGACUCUCUAGCCAGACAAAAACAUUUGAGGAGGAUGUGAAACAGGGUUAGUAAGAGGUGUAGUCUGGGAAAGGGUGUAUGACAGGGGCGGAGGCGGGUCUGGAUUGGCCCCCACCCUUUGCACUAUUCUAUAAUAUAUGAAAGGUGAGGGAUGGAACAUUUGCCUUACUCAUAGACAUGUUAUUUUAUUUGCUCUCAUUAUAUUUUUAUAUUGCCCUUCCUCAGGGGUCAGCAACCUUUUUCAGUCCACCAUCCCUCAGACCAUGUGGUGGGUCGGACUAUAUUUUGAAAAAAAAAUAUGAACAAAUUCUUAUGCCCCACAAAUAACCCAGAGAUGCAUUUUAAAUAAAAGGACACAUUCUACUCAUGUAAAAACACGCUGAUUCCCAGACCGUCCGUGGGCCGGAUUGAGAAGGCGAUUGGGCUGCAUCCGGCCCCCGGGCCUUAGGUUGCCUACCCCUGCUGCAGAGAGCUCAGAGCUGAGGUCAUGGUGCUCUACUUGAGCUAUGAGUUAAUAAAAUUGCCAAUAAAUGUAGGUAUAAACACAAUUAACAGGCAAAUUGUGGGUGAACCUUGCUUGAAGUUGCCCACGCCAAAUAGCUAACUUUUAAAAAAUUGUUUAUUGUUUGGCUUCCCUCCACAUAAUUAUUAAGGCUAAAGUAGCAAUUGGAUUAAAUCCUCCCUCAAAUCUUUUCAGACUCGAUACAGGGUAAAGAUUUCCAAAUCCUAAUUACAAAUGGAAUGAUCUGUCCAUUUUGGUUCUCUUAGGGUCCGUCCCCCCCAAUCUUCAAUUCAGUUCUCCACACUUCUGUGGCAAUUUGCAUUUUAUAAAUAAAUCAUGAAAGUUCCAUGCUUAUCCAUAUGAAAUAUUUCAGAAUUUACACUUGGGCAAAAUGUCCAUUAGUUAACAAACUUUCAAGAAAUCUUCAUAAAGCUGGACGUAAAGCGAAAUGGGGUGGGGGGGAUGGAGGGAAUUCGGCUGAUGAUGUUGUUGCCAGGCAGUCUGGAUUUGGUCAUUGUUUUAAGAUGGAAGUGCAAGGGGAGAUGGCAAACUUAAUUGGAUUAGGCUAGGAGGUGCUAUGCCGGUUUCAGGUUGCAUCAAGGACAAAGAACCGCACAAUGGCUGAUCUCCUGUUUUUGAAAAUGUAAAAGCCAGAUGUCUCCCAAAUCUGUCUCAAGUCUUAAGCAAAACACACUUGUUAGAUAGAGAACAGGAAUAAAGAUGCUUUAAAAUAGGGAUCUUUUCAUUUGUUAGAUGUAUGUCUCUUUCAGUUUCCUUGGCUUAAAAUAUUGCCUUGGGCAGGAGAGAAUUCUGAAUGGCUGUCUUACAGGAUGUCAUACUUUAUCCUCACAAGAACCCAGUGAAGGGAGGAGGCCAGGCCAAGAUGUGGUGCUUUGACGCUAGAGAGUGACCUUCAUGGAAUGGGUUUUCCAAAUCCAAAUCCAACAGCCUCUCCUACUUCCUUUUACAGUACUAUACAUUUUCUGAGAGAAGGAGAGAGAAAAUACUGUGUGCGAAUACCUGUGUGAUUUGGGCAAACAAUAGUUAAAAAUUGAUGUUUUCCAUUUGUGCAAUGCUUGGGUUUCUUAACAUAAUAAUAGCUUCUUGGUGGAAGUUAUGAAAAGCCCACACAGUACAAUGAAUCCAGAACCCUGAUUGAAUGUUGUGUUUAUUACUUGACUCCCGAGAGCUAUUUUUUAGCCACAACCCUGCUGAAUGGUGACCAUGGAUGCUGUGAGAUGGGUAGAUUACGGAACGGCACAGCUGCAAGGGGUGGCAGAAUAUGAAAAGAACUUGAUGUUAACGUCGUCCCCCCCCCAGCUCUUUUGUUCAUGGCACUCCUUCUUUUGAGCGACUGCCUCUUUAAAAAGUGUGUGCGUGCGUGGGAAGCCGAGGCAAGCUGCAAAGUGCUGGGGAAGCUUAGCUUUACUGUGAAGCCUGAGCCUGAGUGAAACCUAACUAGCUAGGCGAUAUGCAAUUCCUGAUUGACAGCAGGACUAGCAUUAUGCAAAUACUGCCAGAGAGAACAGCAGCUAGGGAGCCGUGAUCAGGGGCUCUGUUAGGGAUCUCUCUACACACGCCCGCUCCUAAAUCCCCGUUUGUUGUUUUCAUUUCUCCUUUUGCUGUGGUGGUUCGGCUUAACAAUCAAUAAAUGACCAAAAAAAAAAAAGUUGUUGCUUUCUUGGGCAUGAAUAAAUCCAAUCCUCUGUGCAGUUUCAGUUUCUUGUCAGCUCAAAGAGAUGUGCGUGAGCUUGUUAACUCAGGAUGAAUUGGGUAAUAUUUAGCAGGGUAAUGUGCUAAUCUUUAAACCUUUUAUGUUUUCAAUCCGGUGUAUGUAUGGGUCUCUUGACACAAAAGUGUGUGUUUUGCCUGCUUCUCCUCGUCUCCUUCAAUCUGAAGCCUUAUGUAGGUCAGGCUUGGCUUAAGCAGAUUUCCUGAACCUGCGUCAGCUUAAGCUGAAGGAAUUUUAAUAAACCCUCCCUUGUAGGCGUGGGCCUAAAUGAGACAAGCCUAGUUAAGCCUGAUCUUUUUCUGUUUGUGAAAAAGAGCCGAGCAGAGCUAGGAUCUGCGUGGUGGUUUCAGGAACUGCUUCUUCAAGCUGGAGAGAACGAUGGUUGGGAAGGCCAGGUCCUCGAAUUUUACCUUGUCUGAAAAGCUCGAUUUGCUGAAACUUGUCAAGCCGUAUGUUAAGAUUCUCGAAGAGCACACCAACAAGCACUCGGUCAUAGUGGAGAAAAACAAAUGCUGGGACAUCAUAGCCGAUAACUACAAUGCCAUUGGAGCUGACCGCCCUCCUCGCACCGCGCAGGGCCUGCGCACCUUGUACAAGAGGCUCAAGGAAUACGCCAAGCAGGAGCUACUGCAGCAAAAAGAGAGCCUUUCUGAUUAUAAAAGCUACAUCUCUGAACCGACCAAGAAAGUUGUGGAGAUGAUCCCCCAGAUUUCCAGUGUGUGCUUGAGGGAGAGGAGCAAUCUGCCCUGGUAAGUUGACUUUUACAUUGUGCCUGGAUGGCGCUAUAGCGCCUCCUGUCUUCUCUGGCCAUCCCCUUUUGAGCUACAUGCCUUAGCCUUUGGGAAAAGUUAAAACCUUGUGAUUAUUGUUAUUAUUUACUUCUUUAAUUUUUAAACAGUGACUGACUUUUCUGUUCAACUUCCAGCCGCAUUUCAAAAGAUCUUAUUGUCAGACCCUUGGCAAGUGAGGGUUAAGAAAGAAUCCAAGGGAAAUAGGAGCUCCAACUUUUACCCCUCCCCUUUUAAUAGGCAUAGCAUUCAAACACUGACCAAGCAAAAGGCUGUUCUACAUUUAAGGUAGUACUGUGGUCAACUUGCCUCUGCAUACGGAAGCUCAUGCCUGUUUUGGAUAAUAUCUAUCUACAUAAAGUCGAGCAGGAGAACAAAGGAGCCUCUCUCAGUACAGUGUGCCCAGUCAAGGAUUAUGUUAAUCUCUCAGGGUGGAAUACAUUUUGACUGAAUUUAGACCUUUUAAAUGAUUUUACUUCGCAUGCUACCAUGCCUUUUUAAACAAUGCAGAUGGAUUGUUUUAAACAAUCACAUUCUCGGAGGCCAGUAUGCAAAGUAAUGCUCUAAUUUAAACUGCAAAAAAGAGGCUAUGGAGCACAUUUACAGGGGUCGUGCGCAGACAGAUCGGAACACUGCAGUCACACAAAAGUCUUCAUAUUUUCCAGCAGCCUUUUAGUGUAGAAUCAAAUCGGAGCCCCUCUAGAUUUGAGCCAGACGUAGAGCAGGCAGGCUGUCUUCAAGCUUUCUUGCGGGGCCUUUGCUUAUGCCGCCCUCCCCCUCUACAACUGACUUGCAAAACACGGCUGCUCAAAAGCUUCUCAGACCAGAUUUGUCCUGUGCCUGGAUGCAGACAUUUUAAAAACCAGGGGGGGUCGAGCAGCUCUCUUCCUUACUCCUGUCGCAAGCCAUUUAAAUUCAUGUCACUUACUGUGCAAAACAAAUAUGUUAAUCUGAGUUUCCGGGAAAACUGGCAUGUUUGUGCACACUGGCCAGUCCUUGAUUUGUACUGCCUCUGGUUGCUCUGAAUGGUAACAGUCGUCUAAAUCCCACCAUGGCAGAUGCUGUAAAAAUAACAUGUGGUGGUGGGCCUUUUGGUGAAAUAAUUCUGUAUUGCCUAGGGUAAAUAAGGUGUAAUCAAAAUGGACUUUUACAGCACAAUCCUUUAUCUUUCUACUCAGAAGUAAGCCCCUGUUGAGUUCACUCAGGCAUACUCCCAUCUAAGUACUGUAUGUAUAGAUCUGUAAUAGCAUGUUAGAAGGGUGUGUGUAUAUAAUUUCCACAAUACUGAUGUAGAUUUAAAUGGUCAGCAUAAGCCAGAAGUAUGGGGCCACUUUUUGGGUGGUCAUAUACGCUUCCUUUAAGCCCUUAGCCAAUACAUCAGGUUUCUUUUGUAGCUUAUUAAUUUUGUAGUAGUGGAAAUGGGUAGAUUUGUAAUCAGCUGUAUUUUAUUUUUGUAUUGUAAGCCAUUUUGGGUGCUGUGUGAGCAGCACAAAUGUGGCACACAAAUGUUUUGAAAACAUUAAUAGCGUGCACCUUAAAGACCAUUGAAAUCUGAAAGAUUUGUUUUUUUAUUCAAUAAUAAAUGUUUUCCAAAAGCAUCAGUGCACUAACAGUUGGAGAAACAAUCCCCUGAUCCUGACCAUAUUAUGUUGGAGUAAGUUUCAUUAAUCUGAAUGAAACUGACUUCCCUGUAGUUGUUUGGGAUCUAAGUGAAAAGCUUUUCUAAAUCCUUUUUAUACAUAAUAUAUUCCUUUUUCUCAAGAGAGAACUUGUGGACCAAAUUGGCCAUCCUCCCAACCAACCGAGGUUCUGCCUCUUCAUCUCCCCACCGCUUCCCAUGACUAUUGUUUCCGUGUCAGUCUCUGCUGUCUGUAAACCAUUAAUUUCUUCCUCCCAUUUGAUUAACAGAAACCUGAUACGUAGGACAAUUGAGUCAUGGAAUGGGGUUGGCCAACAGGGAUAGAUAAGAAUGAUGCAUAGCUCCAAAUUUCCAGUUCCCGAUCCAAAGUCACCAUUGAGAAGUAGAAACACAAUCUGCUCUGCCUCAUCUCUCUAAAAUGCUCCAGGGGCUGGAUGAAGUGGUGGGUUGGAUGAGAGUAAUAAACUGAGUCUGAAAUCAUAGCAUGAUGGAGGCUCUGUGUGAGAGUCCAGGAAACUGGACUCUUUGAAGGAGCAGGUGCGCCAUCCAGGGUGUCACUGGAGGCGCAGGUGUCCUCAGUGGCUAGGAGGACCUUUUAACAGCUAUGACCACUCAUACAUUGGUAACCUCAGGGUUGGAGUACUGCAAUGUCCUCUGCACAUUUGAGGUUGUGUUGGAGGCUUCAACCAGUGUAGGACGUGGCAACUCGGUUGCCCUUGAGAGCAAACAACUGCCAGUAUUUAACACCUUGUCCACGGCAUUUUCACUGGUUGUUAGUCUGCUACCAAGCCAAGUUCAAUGUUCUGGUACUAACAUAUAGAGCCCUAUUCAGCUCAGGACCAGGUUGCUUGUGAAACCUUCAUAACCCUUAUGUACCUGGUAACUCCCUGCGUUCUACAGGUGACUUUCUGCUCAAAGUUCCCCAAAUAUCAAAAGCCUGCUUCACAGUAAGUUGAAGCAGGGCCUUCAGUGGGGCCGCCACUGUUUUGUGGAAUAAGUAUCCCUGUUGAGAUACCAGAGGUGCCCACCCACUACCUGUACUUUCCAGAAAUAAUGGAAGACAUUUUUUGUUUUGACAAGCAGCAUUUUUUGUUGGAUGAAAAGGUCGCGGCCUUAGGUGUUCCUUUUUACUGUUUUUAAAACUAAUUUGAGCUGUUUGUAAAUUGCCUUGAGGCACAUGCAAAAGGAGAUUCAUAAUAUUACUUAUUAAUAUAUUCCCCCCCCCAGCUCACAUUGCUUAUAACAAGAGUUCAGUUCGUAAGCAGCCAAUGACUCAUAUUUUUCCUAUAUCCACAGGUUGGCCUAUCGUGCAGUGUCAUUUGACUGACAUUGCCAUUCUCUGUUGCCUGUUAUGACCCUGAGCGGUGCUUUUGUGGUUUUUUUCCUUUUCAUUUUGUGUAUCCUGAACUGCAGUUACAAUUAAAUCAUUAUAGCUUAAUUCAAUUGAAAGGUGUUUGAAAAUUUAUUAGAAUUGUUUUGUUACCUCUUGCCAAGUAGUUAGAAAGCUCAGGGCAGCCUUUUUGAGGCCAGUUAGCUUAAGGGGCAAAAAGUAUUGGGCUUUGUGCUCUCUAAGAUUUGGCUGAAAGACAGAAGGGUGUGUGCAAACCUUUACUUGUUCAUUGUUUCUGUGCUCCUAAUCUCCAUCCUGUGAGCUUCAAAAUGCAUGUUUAUUAAUGAUGUGAACCCUGUGGUCCAGGGAAACCGUGGGGGGAUUCACUUUGGUGCCCUAAACGGGCAGAUGAGGAAUGUGGUAGGCGCCUUCCUGGUGCAAUGUCUCUCAAACCCCAGCCCAGCUGUUUUUCUUGCAUAGUCCAGCAUCAGGCCUUUGUUUUACCAGUAGUUAGAAACUCAGAUAUAUAAUCUAAUCGCCAAAUGGCACCUUAAACUUAGGUUACGGUCAUCACAAUGGACUGUCCAGGCACCUUUUGCAGUGGGGUUUAUUAUAUUUAUUAAUUACCUUUUUUGUACUUAUUUAUAUUUUAAAUGGCAAGUCUCAAAGCAGUUUACAACACAUUAAAACAUCAAAUAAAACAAUCCAGAAUAAAAUGAAUUCAAGGUUUGAGGAGAAUACUCCAGAGCCUUCUCUAAGCGAUAUUUUGCUUUCCCCAGUUGCCAACCUUGCAUCCAGAAAUCUCCACAUGGCUGCAGUUGGACCUGGGCUGGUCAAAAACUCUCCUGGCUAAUUUCCCACUGCGUGUGAUAGGCAGUUAGCCCCUAAAAAAAACCAGUGGGUAUCAAAUGGUUCUCUCCAAAAAGUUAAGUAAGUAUGCAGGCCUUGGAGAGUAAAUCUGCUAUGAAGAAAGGUUCCAGCAUUUGGAGCUAUUUUAUUUAGCAAAAGGGAGACAUUAAGGAGGUAUAUAAAGGUAUACAUGGUGUAGGGAAGGUGGAUAGGGAGAAUCUUCUCUCUCUGAAUACUAGGAAGGGGUCAUCCAGUGAACUGGAAGGUGGGAGAUCCAAGACAGAGUAAACAGACUACUUCUUCACGCAGUGCAUAAUUAAACUAUGCAAUUUAUUGGUUAGCACAAGAUGUGGUAGCAGCCACCAACUUAGAUGACUUUAAAGGGAACUCUAGACACAUUGAUGUCAAUGACUACAAGUCAUGAUGGUUGUAUAUUACCCCCAGAAUCAGAGGCGACAUGUUUGUGAACCAGCAUGCUUGUUCUCACAUCCUUCUUGUGGGCUUCCUGUAGGCACCUGGUUUGCCACUAGGGGAAAGAGGAUGCUGGUUUAGAUAGACCUUUGGUCCUGGACUAGCAGGGUUCUUAUGCUUUUAAUACUUAAGACUCCUUGCAUUGCCCCUACCAAAGCAGAUUUCAGCUCCAUCCCUGGAUUUGCACAGUAAUCAAGUACCUAUGCUCUGUUUUUACAGAACACCCAUGCUUUGCAGGUAGCUGACUAAUAAAAUAGGGUUGGGCCACCCUAGUGAAACACACCAUUGAAUUCUGCUGUUACCCAAUACCCUUGUCGAAGACGGUCACUUCCUUAUGAAACUAGUAACAGCAGAUUUACUCUGGGUGGAUCAGCAUAUGAUUUGUUUGGAUGUACUGCAGAGUUAGGAAUCUAAUUUGGCAUUUGAUGACCAAUUCUAAGCUUUGUUAAAACUGACAUAACUGACUCAUACUAAACAGAUGCCUGACGGAUUCUGUAUACCAAUUCCGCCAUGGUAACUGUCUCUCCUAAUUCUUGAAUAGAGGUCUCCCCACACUAGUAGAUGAAAACUUGCAUUCUUCUUUCUUAAGUUUAUAAUAUAAAUGUGAAUCUUUGAUAUAAGCUAUUUUUUGUAAGAUAGCCAGUUAGCACACACUGAAGGCAUCUCCAUUAAUGUAGUAAAUUAUAUUUCCAGCUUUCAGAAUUUUGGCCGGACUGUACUGUGUAUUGUAUUGUAUCUUGUUUUUCAUAGAUAUUUUAAAAAUAUUUAAGAAACAAUGAUAAAUAGAUAAGUUGGUCCUGGUGCUUCACCAGACUGUCCAAUGUCUUUUAUAGCUGCUUAGCAGCUUGCUGUCCUGUUAAAGGACUUUUGCAUGAACAGAAAGCCUCCAGAUGUUAGACUACAGCUCCCAUCUUUCCUUACCAUUGGGGAGUCCUACAACAUCUGGGCAGUCACAGAUUCCCCUUCUCCAGGCUUGAGUCACAACAGUUUCUAUCCUCUCUGGUUCUGGUGAGGCUAGGCUCUCCAAUCCAUACUACAAUCUACUUGGGCAUGGGGGAAGAUACGUAAUUUGGUGGAAGGGAGAAGGAAAGAGGAAGGUUUAUUGGAGGUUUUUAAGCAGAGGUUGGAUGACCAGCUAUCAUAGAUGCUUUAGUUGAGAUCCCUGCAUUGUAGAGGGUUGGACUAAAUAACCCUUGGGGUCCCUUCCAGCUCCACAGUUCAAUGAUCCUAUGAUCUUCAGUAGUCUCUCCCAUACCUUCCUUCAUACUUUCAAGGCCCUCUGGAAAGGUGGAAGUGAGAUAAUGUUGCUCCUUCAGGAUUUCACCUAAUCUGGAGUAAGCUGAGAAGCUGAUCUCGAGCCCACCUCACAGGUCCUCUGAAGGGCAGGAUCAUUCACUUACCUUGCACUGUACUGGGGAACAUUUGGAAGCAGCUAGAAAUUCUCUCACCACUUCCAAGUGCUUCCCAGCCCAGUGCCAAGUAACCAGGUUACUCUGGCCCUCCCCACCCCCCUAGACAACCUGAGAAGGGAAGAGUUGGAGUAGCCACAAAUAAUCACUGACUAUUAAAGCCAGGUAGCACUUGUGACCCCCAGAACUCAAGUGCUGAGAUAUUUACUUUGAAUAAGGAAUGCUGCAGGAUGUGUGGAAUAUAGAUGGAGAAAGAAAUGCUUUGAGAUAAAAUAUUAUUCAGGCCCUCGGGAAAGGAAGCCAUACAAAGCCCUUAGAGCUAUACUGGCAGGAAUGGUUUGAGAUUUUAUUGCUCCUUUCAUUCAAUCAAUAUGAUGUUGAUGUUUAAAAUAAUCUACACUCCUCCUUUUCUCUGUAUUUCUUUCUUCACUUUUUCAGUUAGAUUUUAUUAAUCAUCAUAUGACAAAGUCAGAUAGCCUUAUGCUCUAUGUGUACCCCUCUCAGUGACAAAUCUACAUGUGAACAAUGGUAGUGUCUUUUAUCAAAUGUUAAUUCACAAGUGGUUUAGGACAGCCUUCCCAACCUGGUAGUUUCCAGAUGUGCUGGCUGGGGCUGAUGAAAGUUGUAGUCCAAAGCAUCUAGAGGCCACCAGGUUGGGAAGGCUGCCUUAGAAGUUGAGUUUUUGCCUUUUUCGUGGACUAAGAAGAUCCUUUUUCUUUUCUGUUAAUGAUGAAAAUAUUAUUUGUCUGUUUUUAGUGCUACACCGGAUAAAAAAAUAGUUGCUACUACCAGCUCACCACAGUCAAUGUUAGAGCACCAACCUGCUGCUAUCACACUGGAGCUGGAUGAAGACGAGGAAGAUGUCAAGCCACCUGCAUCGCUGAUUGUAGAGUUACAAACACAGGAGAGCUUAGAGCAAAGAGAAGAAGAACAUUUGGUCCAUGCAAUGGAGAGAUCUCCUUCAACUUCCCUGUCUUCUGUGGAUAUAAGAAUGUUGUCUCCAUCUCCCAUCCCCAGAAGAGAUGAAUUUUUCAGGCUUGAAACUGGAGAACGAUUUAGACCGGCAUGUGGGGGAUAUGAUCCCCAGAUGUUGCAAAUGCUGAAAGAAGAGCACCACAUCAUUUUGGAAAAUCAAAGGAAAAUUGGGCUCUAUAUCCAAGAAAAAAGGGAUGGCUUGAAAAGAAGGCAGCAACUGGAAGAAGAGCUAUUGAGAGCAAAAAUUAAAGUAGAAAAGUUAAAGGCGAUACGACUACGUAGGGAUCUUCCUGAAUUCAACAAUCUUUGAAUAUUUAGCAAUUCUGCUUAAAAACCAGGGUUAUUUCACAAUUCUUUUUGAUCUAGAAAAGACGUAUUUACCCACGUUUUGGGGGUAGGGGUAUGCAUGUUUUUUCCAUUUUGUUUCUCAUGCAAAUUUGCAAAGAAAUUAAAGCCAUUUUUCACUGGUCUUCCCAGGUUUUCUGAUUUAAAGUAGAACCAGAUCUAAGACUAAAAAAAACAACCCUUUGAAAUCUUAUGACCACAUGACUGUUAGCAAAAGCAAAUGAUAACUUAUACAGCUGUUGUAAAAUAUGCUGAUCUUAUUCUUUUUCGUUUUUUGGUGAAUCAGUUCUUAUCUGUCUUUUGAAAUACUCAUUUAUUUGUGAGUCAAUAAACAUAUGCAAAAUGGAGAAAAAUACUAUCUUUGUUUCCUCCUUUCAUAAAACUUGUGGAAAUGGCUGUAGUUCAAAUGAAAUAUUUAUCAUGGAAAUAUCUCACCAGCAAUUCCUUUCUAUGUUGACCUGAACAAGGGUGGAUAUAAUGGUGGCAUUCGUACAUCACAAUAAGCCAUAGGUAACGGAAUACUUUUCAGUGUGCACUGCAGGCUCCUCUAGACUACAGAAGCAACAAAUCAUGAUCUCUGGAUCAGUGUUACAUCUGAACUAGGAAUCUUCAUUUCAGACACACCACACUGUUAAAGCAAGUUUUGUUCUUGGCCUACCUACUGUGGUUUGUUUUGAGCAAAACAAGCUAUGAUUCCAGGUUCGCAUAUAAUGUUUUACCAGGGAUCACAAUUAGUUGCUCCUACUGAGUAUAAAGGAGAAGUGAAGCAUGCACAAUAUUCAUGGUAACUAUGGGUUAUUGCAGCACUGCGGUGCUUCUAAUAGCUGAUCAGCAAAGCCUUUUGGCCCAGAUGCAUCUUUACCUAUCCUGCCUCCCCUUCCAGAGUCACAUAAGAUGUCAAGCGUAGGGCAGUUGAGCAUGGCAUGGCUAAAAUAGCCACAAGGGCCAAAUGGGAAGUCCUAGCAGUCCUAAUUAGGCUUGCAGACCAAAAAUUCCUUGUCACUGGUUUAGGGCUUAUCCAUACUUGCCUGUUGUCUUGCUCUUCCAAUCAGAGGUUUGCGCUUUAAUGCUCUGUGUCCAAGCGGUUUUAGGGUUUUGUUUUUGCCCCAAGAUUUCCUCAUGGAAACCUGCUCUUUAAAGUUGAAUUGGAGCAAAAAUCAAUUUGGGUUUUCCAUGGAUUGACGGUUCCUCUGACUGAGCUUUGAAGAGCAGGUUGUUGCAGGGAAAGCUCCAGGGGGCAGGGGAAAGGUGCUCAGACACUGAGUUUUAAAUUGCAGAACGUUUCUGGAAUGAGCGGAGGAAAGGUAAAGGUGUGGACAAGCCCUUACUUAGGACAUGCAAACUAGGCCAGAACAUACUAAAACGUAAUUAUAAAAGUACAAUAGUGAGAGUAGGCUUUUGAAGAGGAAGUACCAUAGCCCAAUGGUAGAGCUCAAUAGAAGGCAUCUUCCUCUGCUUUUUUAAAUGUUUCUGAGUUUUAGGUGUGAAAUAAUUAUUUGUCUGUUUCUGAAGCUGCUAGCUUGUACUUGCCUAACAGUUCCAGUUGAACCAGUUUCCUGCACACACACUCUUGAAUUUUGGCUUCCUUUCAGGGGGCCCUCCGCCACCUAGAUAAAGCUUCUUCUAUUUCUGAUAUGUGCAAAGGAUAUUGCCCUGUAAAAUAAGAGGCAGGGAAAGAGAUUACUUCCACGUAAUCUUGUUUGGUUUAGUCCUUUCAUCCUUUAUCCUUCUUUACCUACACUUAGGGAGCAUUGCUUGAAUACUCUCAAUCUCCCUGCCGCCACCCCCAAUCUGUGUUUCUGGGUUUUUUGUUUUGUUUUCAUGAGCUCUUUAUUCCUGGAAAUAAAUUGGCCUUAAUAAAACUUGUAAACAGUUUAGGAGUGUAGAGAUCACUGAUUAAAUAUUUUGGAGAAGUCGCCGUAAUCUUGAUCAGUAGCAUAUAUACGUCUAGCUACCUGGUGACAAAAUUUGUAUCCCCCUACUCCCAUAAACUUCAAAACCCUUUACAGUGCAAAUAUUUAUUUAAAAGAUUAUUGUGUUUCACCACUCUUUACUUACGGCAAUUAACAUCUUUAUAGAUCAGAAAUUUUCUGAUUUUAUGGUUAAUUUUAACUGAUUUUAUCUUUUGUAACUUGAUUGCUUAGAACUCUGGUGUUAAGCAAUAUAUACAUAGCUGACAUAAUAAAUGAACAAAUAACCAUAACCACUGCAUUAUUAAAAUGAGCACAGGAACUUUCCUUCCCACUCCCUUGGUAUCCCUGUGCCCAGUGCUCCCCCCCCCCCCAGAAAAAUAAGUGCCGGUACUUACCAUGAAGUUGUUAUAGUAAGUGCUACACUUAUUAACAACCAAAAAAAGAGGUGCUGGGACUGCGUACUCUUGAGUACCCCCUGAAAAAAAGCACUGAUGUGCCCCCUAAAUCUGUUCUGGGGUUUCCCUCAACCCUCUGCAGCAAAUUUGGGGAGGGUGUGGAGGAAGAGGCAGGGGCAGGGAGUUUAUGACCGUUGCCUGGAUCGUACUCAGCCUCAUUGUUUUAACAUCUGAGCUCCAGCUGUUUCUUAGCUGCUAGGACAAUUAAGCAAGUAUAAAUGGAACUUCAGGCAAGGUUUGAAGCAGAAACCCCAGACUUUCAGAUUCAUGGCUGGAAUUAUGGCCCUCAGUCCUUUUACUUGGACCUGUUCUUGGCUUGGUUGCCUUCUGUUUGAUAACAUGCUUUAAAGCAUGUUGAAUUUGAUUAGGCGCUUCAGUGUUUAUAUUACUUGGACUAGCUAUGGUUCCGGACUUCCCUUUGUUCUUCUUUGGCUUGUUUUUCCUGGCUCCUCUUUCCGCACCUGCUCUGUUCCUCCACUUGUCUCUCCCCCACCCCUGUUCUCCUCUUACUCUUUAGCCCAUACCAGGGUCGUCUUCUCUUCUUCACCUGUUUAUUUUUUUGGCUAUAAGGUUACCUGCUUAAGCACAAAUUGAACUGAUGAGGGGUUGCCCUGCCUACCAGGUGCCCACCAGGUGUACCCUAUCAAAAGUUUGACUUCCUGCCAGUGGAGAGGUGGGUAGUGACAACCCCACUUCCUUCCUACAGAGAAGGAACUUAUCACAGUAAGUACCAAUGUUCACUUUCCCCCAAGAACAAUUUCUGAAGAGGUUUUUAACAAAAUAGUUUGUGGAAUUGGACUGACCAGAGAUGACAGUGAAGGAAUGGUAAUGGCAUCUCCAGAAGCCUGCCUCCAAAAUCCAUUAUUUUACACCUACCCUCAACAGUGGUUGUGUUGAAAGCCUGGACAACUGGUGAAGAGGCUGACAGGUCGCGUGGGUGGAAUCUUUUUUGAUGUUGAGUGUUUGUUCAAUAGUCAUUCAAGUGAAAGCAGAGGUUCAUGAGUACGCAAGAGAGGACAGGGAUUGAAAAUCAGGAAAGGGUCAGGCAGGGUAAAGAUAUUCUCAGCAAGUCUAUCAAAGAUUGUGUUUGAUUUUAAUUGCCACCAUUAUAAGGGUCUCGACCAACUGGAAGAUAGGGCUGGAGAAAAUAAAAGCCUGGUAGAUCCUACAACAGUAAGAACAAGGGACUUCAACUCUUUCAGAACAUUUUAUGCUGCCUGAAUAAUGCAAAUAUUUGUCUCUGGAACACAGUGUGCCUAGAGAGGUAACUGGAAAACAAAACUGGUCAUAAUCCUGAAGUCCGGCAGUGACCAGGACAACGAGUCAAAGGCUAUACUGCCACUGUCUGAGAAGCUAGACCAGAUUCCUAACUUCCGAGCCUCAGGUCUCAUGUUUGGGAUCAGGGGGUUCACUGACCAUGAGGCUGACUGGCAGGAAGUCGCUAAACUGGAUCCCAUGGACCGGGGCCAUAGAACUAGAACUGAGACCCUCACAGGCGGCUAGUUCUGGCCUGAGAAACUGAGUGCCUCCUAUGCUACCCCACCAGUCUGACAGUGCAUGGGACACCUAGAGCAAAGGAGAAGUGCCUAUCUUCAGCUCAAAGGGCUGGCCCUUUGAGAGCCUCUAGUGCUCCAAUAAAAGAGGUGGAGGAUCAGAAAGAUGGACUUGGAGGCAAAGGCUCACCUCCAACCCUUGUCAAGCACGUUGUUCAUUAGGAGCUUUCCAUGGUGCUGCAGCAAUCAACCUGCCUUGCUCUGUGGGUGGCACCUCAGGACUAGAAUAAAAUAAAAUAUCUGAUGCAGUCCAGAGAUAAAGUUCACUAGUAUCCCAUUCUUUCCUCCCUUCCCUGUGCUGCAAAAAAUAUUGAAAUAUUUUGGAGUUAGAAAAAAAUACUGAUACGGAUAGCACUUGCUCAGGGAUCUUACUAACUACUUUAGUGCAAAAUGAUAAGGUUAAUAGGAUUUUAGGAAAUCAAGGGACAUUUGUGUGCUUAGUUAGACUCCAGAUUACUAAAUUCUAGAAAUUUUGCUUUUUUAAUUUACACUAAAGGAAGUUGGUAGACAGGAUGGGCAGAACAUGAAUAUUUAGAUACACAUGACUACCUCUGAAUAACCCUUAUUAAAAUUGGUCUCUACUAUUAGUUUCCUGUUUAAAUUAUUGAAUGAAUUACAUUUAUGUAAAUCGGGUUUAUGUAAUGUGGUUUGGAAAGAUUAUGUCUUCCCCUUCCAAGAAUGUCUUUGGCUUGUCUAUAUGGAAUUGCUGCUGCAUAGCAUAUUAAAAUGCUUAAAAAAGGAAUAAUCUUUCUGACUUCUUCCAAGGUAAUCCCACACAUUCUACACAGGCAAGGAUGUUCAAAUUAUGUAGAUAGUGAGUACUAGAAUAAACCAUGUUUCUGCUCCACUGUAGAAAGCAUGAUUAUUAUCAGGGUAGACCCACUGAGACCAGUGUAUUUGAAAUUUAUUGCUAGAAUUGCAUUUUUCAGUAUACAGUAUGGUCAUUUAAAAAAAAAUACUAAAAAUAAAAAGAAUUAUGCUACAAUGUGGACAAGAGAUAUUAGAUGGUAUAAAUUACCUAUUUGGGUUAUAUUUAAAUAGGCUCAGCAUUUGUUCUAGUAAACUUUCCCCCUUUUCUUUUGAAGUUAUGGGAAGUACCAUAUACACUUCUCAAAUUUAGUGUGUCUGCAAGUUUCAAUUUUUUUUCUUAAAAAAAGAAAGGCAUAUGGUCUAUCUAAAAGCACAAAGAAAGGGAAAAGACUGACAGCUGAGCUAGCACUCACAGCUGUCAUGUCAUUUGCCUCCCUGGGCUCAACCUGAGGGACGUGUUACAAGCUCUCUCUCUCUCUCUCUCUCUUUCCCCUUCUUUGUGUGUCUUCGCCUCUACAGGUCCAGCGUGCCCAGUGACAACAGCAACAGCCAGGCACCAGGAGGAGCCUGGCUGCCUCACAAAAUACUUCAGUGUAGUGUGGUGCAAGGCCUCCAAGAAAAAACACAAGAAGUGGGAAGGUGAUGCCAUUCUUAUUGUGAGAGGGAAGUCGGUGACCCUGAAAGAUACAGAAGGCAGAGACAUUGGAAGAGGUAAUGCCAAUUGGAGUGCAACUCUGAUGUGUAGAAGUUCAGCACUGCCCCUAAAACAUGUGCUUGAAUAAAAUGAAAACAGUUGUUUGUAUGGUCGGCAUUACAAUGGAGUAGGAAAUUUGGCAGUGGUGCAAUCUUCAUCAGUGAUUGGCUGAACUGUUCUUGUGUCACAGAGAAGUAGGAAAGCCAGAAUUGUCUCUGGGUGCUUGCUAUUGGUUAUGGGCUCAGAUCCAAGAGAGAAGGGCCAGGCAGGUGCAGGGGCUUGGGAAACGAAGAGUAAAAGAGGCAGAGGGGCCUGAGAAGGAAGUAGGUCAGAAGGAACAGAAGGACUUAGGGUAUGAGUAUUGGUGCUGGAGAAAGAUCUGGAGGAAUGUGGGGAAGGACAGGGAGGAGUCUGAGAAGAGAACUGGGAGAGAGAAGAGGGUAGUUAGGAAAAGAUGCAUGUGACCAGGAGCUUCAGAGGCAGAGACCUGCCUCUGAUUUGAAAUAAGCAGCCAAAUCUCAGGCCGAAGGCCCCUGAAGGCUCAUGUUUAAUGCACCCCACCAUUUUGGUUUUUCUUUACUCUAACUGAUAAAUCCAACAAAUUAUUUGCUUUGUUCUGAUGGUUCAAAAGUAUAGUAAUACUUCACACCCCUUAAUUCAGGGGUUCUCAAACAGACAUCCAUGGAGCUGGUUGGGGGAAUCCUCUGGAUAAGCAUGAGAAGGAGGCUGUAGGGCUUUAGAGGAAUCAAUGAGAAUUGCUUUCUCCUUCCCUUCUUCCAGCAAGGAGUCUCCAUUGGAUCUUGCAGUCUUUCCGUUAAUGGACAGGGCACUCUGGAUCCAACCCAAUGUGGCCAAAGUCUUUGUCUAACUUUUACCUGACACUUUUAUUAUGACUAUUAUUUUAAUUUUAUGUUCAUCUCAGCUAAACAUUUUGCGGCCUUUCUUAGGUGCUGGAUACAAAGCCAAAGACCUGGAGAAUUUUGACCAAGGCCAGACUCUGAUGGUUGGAGGCAAAGAAAUCGAAGUGAUGGGUGCAAUUGCAGAAGAGGACUUCAAAAGCGGCAAGUGUUUUCAGUCUGGUGUGAAGACUGCCGAGGAGAUUUGGAACGUCUCGCAAGCUGCUACAAAACCAUUCUGCAACCCUUUCAAAAAUGUAUCCAAAACUAACACUGAAGGAAAUCCUCCCAAAGGCUUCCAGAACUAUAACCCACGUCAUGAUCCAUGCGCACCAAGUGAGGAUUUUUAUGGUUCACCUGCUUUAAUCUGUUUUUAACCUCUGUUUUAUCCGCUUCUGAAUUUGAAUAGAACGGCAGGAUUUAGACCCUGUUUUUUUGGCCUCCUCUGCUCCAGUAUAUUGGGGUGAAUAUUUUUUUAAUUAAUCUUGAAUCUACAUGAGGAGAUGUGCAGGGGUUGCUAGUAACAGGCAAUAAUACAUUUAAAUGGACAAUCUGCAACUAAUGCCCACCCAUCUGAUUAAUUUGGAGAGGAUGCUUUCUUUUCUGCAGCAGCCUAACCUUUCCCAGCUUGGGGCCCUCCAAUUGUUUCUUCUUAUUGUUAUAAGAAAAAACUGCUCCUUUUUCCUUAUGGGGUACCCAAGAACCCAUAUAGAAUCCUUUUGUAGGUUCUCUAUAGGUAGGAGAAAAUAACAGAGACCAACCAGAGAAUAUUGAGAAGCAAAGCAGCUAGUAAGCCUGAUCUUUAUUAACUGUUGCAACAGGGUCCUCACUGCCACAUGCAAGAGACAGGAGAGACUCCGAACCAUGCGCUCAAGCCCUUAUAUAGCCUUUUGAAUUGCCCACCCUGGAGCCCAAGACCACCCCUCCAUACAUACAUCAUAGAAGGGGUGUAGCCCAAGAACACCCCCUAGUAUAUCAUACAUACAUCAGAGAAGGGGCGGACUACAACAGAAAUCUGAGUGCAUUGUUUUUAUCCUGUCUGCCAGGUUGCCUGAUUGGAUUACCUGGGCAUCCUGACCACUCUUUUGUUAUGAUAACUACUCAAUUCCUGAAUCCAGGUCACAGGUCACAGGCUCACCCUAUUCAUUUCUUAAAUGUGCCCUUGAGACAGAAUUUGUGAGCAUAGAGAUAAUGGGGAGGCUCCCCAUUUCCUUCAACCUUGCAGAGAAAUAUUUGAGGUCAUUUGGGAGAGACAAAAUGGUUUCAGGACCUUUUUUCUGUGGGGUUUCAGACAUGUGGUUUAUACAUUUAUAUAUGUGCUUGCUUGGUACAUUUAUGAACAUUAUAUAUAUAUAUAUAUAUAUAUAUAUAUAUAUAUAUAUAUGACCUUAAAAUUCUUAUAAUUCACAUCAGCGCUGUUGGGCUUGCUGGCUGGUGCUGAUGGGAGUUGGAGUCCAACAGCAGCUGGAGGGUACCAGGUUGGGGAAGGCAGCAGUGGCUAGUCAAAUAUUCCUUCAUACCUUGAGGGCAGAUCCACACCAUGCAUUUAAAUCAAAACAAGAGUAAAAUCUAUUUAGGUAACAUUGACAAUCACUUGCUGUUCUGCUGCUUUACUUAAUCUGAUAAUUAAAAACAUAACAGUGUUUGCCAGCUGUCAUUUCUCCCCCAACCAGUAGCUUUUACUGAAUAAACAGUAAUGUAGCAUUCAUGAUUCCUGUGUUUCAAAUUUAAGAUUGCUUAGUUAUGCUGCGCCCAUCCCCAAAUCACCAGCGGUUGUUCAACAAGUCGGGCUUGCCAGUGGUGGAUGUUGUUGUGGACCCCCACAUUGUAAACCAUCUUCGACCGCACCAACGGGAAGGGAUCUCAUUUCUUUAUGAAUGUAUGAUGGGAAUGAGGUGAGAGGAUAAUCAUUUUGUACUUCUUUUUAAAUUGCGUGAACAAAAGCCGAAGUACGGCCUUUCAGUCAUCUGCAGCAAAUCACACAGGUGGGCAAACUUUCUUCUUGCUUUCUGAUUUCAUCGGUCUUUUUAGAACCUUGGCAUGGGGUGGGAGGCAGGCUGGUAUCUCCGAAGCUUAUUGAGAAUUGGCCUACAUGUCAUGGGUAUGCUGUAGUGGUAGGAAAUGGCAUAGCCCUGGUGGUUAAUUCGGUUGAAUUGCAUUCGGACCAGCUGCAGCAGGAGGUUUCUAUUAAUGAAUAAUGCAACCGAUUCUCUCCUAGCAAAUUCCACCCUCAGAGAAGCAGGGCACUCAUUCGAGAUACACUUGACACGUUACAUAUUAACAGGGAAGUUAGUGAGAAAGCUCAUUGUUGAAAUUGCUAUGCCAUUUGCUUAACAUAAAUUCUGUAAUUUGAAAUAGGGAUUUUAAACUGCAAUCCUAUACACACUUACCUGAGUAUAAGCCUCAUUGGACUUCUGAAUAACAACAAAGGAGAAGACCACAAUGAAAGGAGAAAGUAGGGAUAUUGAUUCCUGUUCAUUCAGUAAAACUGUUCCAAUCUCGUUCCCUUAUCAGAGUAAGUUGAGAAAGCUUUUGCCAAAGUUAGGAGCUUUCUAGAAAUUUGAUUCAGGUUGUAUAAGAAAAGAGCCUCAGAAACUUAGAAGGAGGUGUAUUCUAGGGAAAAAUACUAGAUUAAGCUAAUAAACAUAAACAUUAUUUUGUUAUUCAUUUUUGUAGCCUUUUCUGUAUACAGUGGUACCUCGGGUUACAGACGUUUUAGGUUACAGACUCCGCUAACCCAGAAAAAGUACCUCGGGUUAAGAGCUUUGCUUCAGGAUGAGAACAGAAAUCACGCUGCGGCGGCGCGGCAGCGCGGCAGCAGCAGGAGGCCCCAUUAGCUAAAGUGGUGCUUCAGGUUAAGAGCAGUUUCAGGUUAAGUACGGACCUCCGGAACGAAUUAAGUACUUAACCUGAGGUACCACUGUAUUAAUGUUUUUACCCUUGUGGGUUUUGUGGGGUUUUUACCCUAUCAGGUUUUGCACUAAAAUGAAUUAUUUGAUAUGCACCCUGUAACAACAUUGUUAUAUUAUUGAAGGUGUGUGACUGAACCAACACAUACAAAUAGUAAGUAAACAAAAUAAAAAUCUAAGGCCAGGCCUCAAUACAUAUUUUUGUGAAAAAGAAAAAGAAAAAAGGACUUACAUUGAUUAACAAUAUGGAUUUUCCUAAGACUGGUUUGUGGAGAAUUGCAAGGUUUAAAAGAAGAAGAAGAAGAAGAAAGUAUCAACCAUGCAAUUGUCUUUUUUCAGAGUAAGCUGUAGAUUUGGAGCCAUUCUUGCAGACGAAAUGGGUUUAGGAAAAACUCUGCAGUGCAUUUCAGUCCUCUGGACUCUCCUGCGUCAGGGGCCAUAUGGAUGCAAACCUGUAAUAAAACAGGCACUGAUAGUCACUCCUGGGAGUCUGGUGAAGAACUGGGGGAAAGAAUUUCAAAAAUGGCUGGGAAGUGAGAGAAUCAAGGUGUUCUUAGUGGAUCAGGUGAGAUAAUAGUCUGGUUUGUACAUCAUGUUAAACCAUUCUUAAACCACUGUUAAUUGAAAAAUGCCAAAGAACGUUCUGCAGAUAGAAUCCUGGAAGGGACCCUGCGGAUCAUCUAGUCCAACCCCCUGCAAUGCAGGAAUAUGCAGCUGUCCCUUAUGGGGAUUGAACCUGCAACCUUGGCAUUAUCAGCACCACGCUCUGUUUUGUCAUACACUGCCUUCUUUCCACGCGACCUACUUCUUGCCCUAAGCUGCCCCUCUUCCUGACUUCCCAUAAGGCUUUACAGUGCCCAGCUGCUAGCAUUACCUCAUCAUGUCACCAUUUCCCUUUCCAUUGGUCAGCUCCAAGAGCGAGGGGGUGGGAAUCUUAGCAGUCUUUAGCAACUUUAAUCAACCUGCAGUGUUCUCCUUACAUUCUCCCAAUAAAGAAAUGCCCAUAAUCCUUUGCAGCAUGUGUUUUUUUAGAAAUCCUUUUCUUCCACUCCUCUGGUCUACCCACUGGGUCCUUGACAAUUGACCCAUUACCAUAAAUUUGAGCUCAGUAAACUUGCCGAUCAGAAGGUCGGGGGUUUGAAUCCCCGCAACAGGGUGAGCUCCCGUUGCUCGGUCCCUGCUCCUGCCAACCUAGCAGUUUGAAAGCACGUCCAAGUGCAAGUAGAUCAAUAGGUACCGCUCCGGUGGGAAGGUAAACGGCAUUUCCGUGUGCUGCUCUGGUUCGCCAGAAGCGUCUUAGUCAUGCUGGCCACAUGACCCGGAAGCUGUACCCUGGCUCCCUCAGCCAAUAAAACAAGAUGAGCGCCGCAACCCCAGAGUCGGCCAUGACUGGACCUAAUGGUCAGGGAUCCCUUUACCUUUACCUUUAAACCUUACCUGUGUUGGAGCCAUUCUCCAUCUCCCCUCCCCAUCUGCUCCUGGAUGGUUAAAGGACUGCUUUCAAUAAUGCACACUUAAGUAUUUUCAUCUGUUUCAUUUGUAAUGUUCAACAGGAAUAGAACCUCUUUUGAAUUCCUUCCACUUACUUGGCAUUCUCUCUUCUAUUUCUGUGCUUUGCUAUUCAGGCAUAAAGUUGCUGCUGCUGUGAGCUGUACCUACUUGGAUAAAGUAGGUAGAGCUCAAAGUGAUAUGUCAAAGAAAUUCCCUUUAAGUUUUCAACUCCAGCUUGAGCUGCAGCUGUGAAUUGAAGUGGGGCAGGGAUGGGGGCAGGGAAAGGCAGAGUUGGAUGGGGAAAAGGAUCCUGUUAUUAGUCAGAGUUAGCGGCAAUGUGAACUUCAGGAAAUUUUCUAGUGAGAGCUGCUCAAUGCCAAGUUUGGCUUCUCUUGCUUAAAGUUGCAGUAACCUGGUGGGCAAUUUGGGCAGGGCAACAAAACAAACACACGUAAAGCAUCGUUAGGGAGGUACUUACAUUCACAUGUAAUACUAAGCCAUAGUUAAGGUCAGUAAAGCAACAACAAACCAUGGUUUGUUUUCACAAACAAGGCAUAGUUAAGGCAUUUUGCUGGGUGAGUACAUAACGCUAAGCCAUGGCUUAUUAACUAAGAUUUCUUUAAACCAUUGUUUAACAUGAUGUGCGAACCAGGAACAAUGUUCACCUGCCACCUGUAACAAUGCUAGGUACUUUCCUUGGUGUUUGGAUAGACCUCAGUUCUGUUUUUACUGUUGCAGAGUCUGUUAGCUGGUUUGAGAAUGUUUACACUGCGCCUUGUUAGCAUUUGUAUUCCUGUUAUAAAAACUGGAAAAAUCAUUUUGAGUGUUGCUUUUGGCUGCUUCCCCAUGUGGGGAAAAUAAAAUCGAGAUGUAACUUUACAAUUCUACAUUGGCAUGCUGUGUGGUAUUGUCAAUGGAGCUACCCAAAGACUUGCAACACAACUAAGUAGAAGCACCUCACCAUUUGUGAAUAGUGAAUAAUGAGGAGCUUUUUAGCAGCUUUCUUUCUUUCUUUCUUUCUUUCUUUCUUUCUUUCUUUCUUUCUUUCUUUCUUUUUCUGAUCAGCACUGCCAGGAGGAGGAUAGCGUUUCCUGUUAUGGGCCUACCGUGAUCUGUCAUUCCACCUUUCUCCUCUGCUGUUAGAACAAAUGUAACAAUUGAUAGGAAAAAGGGCAAAAAAAACCCCAGAACACCAGGGUGCCUCCCCCUCACCAGAGUCAUUAUUCUGCUUUGCAAUUAACAGAAGGUGCAACAUUUUUUGAUUGGAGAGUAUGCAUGUGAAUUAGGAUGUUUAUAUGCAUGUGAAUUAGGAUGUUUACAUGCAUAAGAAGCCCACAUCAUGGUCAGUGUGAGAAACAAGAUGCUGGGCUUGACAAACCAUUGCCCUCAUCUAGCAGGGCUUCCCGCAUGAAAGCAAUAGCCCUCUCUUGCUCUUCUUCCCCAGUGGCUGGUGUUCAGAGGCAUGGUGCCUCUCAUCCUACAGGUAGUGUACAGCCAUCAUGACUAUUGGUCACGGAUAGCUUUCUCCCCUGUGAACUGGAGUAAUCACUUUCGUUGUUUUUUAGUCGUGUCUGACUCUUCGUGACCCCAUGGACCAGACCACGCCAGGCACUCCUGUCUUCCACGGCCUCCAGCAGUUUGGUCAAACUCAUGCUGGUAGCUUUGAGAACACUGUCCAACCAUCUCGUCCUCUGUCGUCCCCUUCUCCUUGUGCCCUCCAUCUUUCCCAACAUCAGGGUCUUUUCCAGGGAGUCUUCUCUUCUCAUGAGGUGGCCAAAGUAAGUAUUGGAGUCUCAGCUUCAGGACCUGUCCUUCCAGUCAGCACUCAUGGCUGAUUUCCUUAAGAAUGGAGAGGUUUGAUCUUGCAGUCCAUGGGACUCUCAAGAGUCUCCUUCAGCACCAUAAUUCAAAAGCAUCAAUUCUUCGGCAAUCAGCCUUCUUUAUAGUCCAGCUCUCACUUCCAUACAUCACUACUGGGAAAACCAUAGCUUUAACUAUACGGACCUUUGUUGGCAAGGUGAUGUCUCUGCUUUUUAAGAUACUGUCACCUUUGAGAACCAUCUAAACUAGCAACUAUGCCCAUGUCUUAUGGCAGUGACAUACACAGAUUAACUAAUCGCUAUGUGAGGAAGUAAACACACAGGCAUUUUUGUUUCUUUAAACUGCCAACUUGCCUGACCCACAAAGCAUUAUAAUUCUCUCUCCGAUCUGCAGGAUCACAAAGUAGAAGAGUUCAUCAAUUCCCCGCUUUAUUCAGUCCUGAUCAUUAGUUAUGAGAUGUUUCUACGCUCCUUGGACCAAAUACAGAAGGCGCAGUUUGGCCUUGUCAUUUGUGAUGAGGGACAUCGCUUGAAAAAUGCUGCUAUUAAGACGACGACUGCACUUGCCAGUCUGUCUUGUGAGAGGAGAAUUAUUCUGACUGGUGAGUACUUAAUCAUCCUGUUGCCAGCAAACGGACUAGCAUGGGGAUAAAAUAAGUGUUUGUUACAUUUAUGAAUGUAGCUGGAGAGGGAACACUUCUCAGGAUACUACAUGAAGAGUUAUUUGUGUCCAAACAAGAUGCUGAGAUCAGACCCCUCUAGCUGGAAGCACUGUUUGCCAUACAGUAAAAAAGAUAAAUUUACAUUGUAAUGCAGAAGAUGAAUAAAAUGUAAGCAUCUCUGGGGGGCGGGGGGCGCCCUUCUGAAGGUGUAAAUGCAUUCCUUUUCUCUUCCAAGGUACUCCAGUACAAAAUGAUCUGCAAGAAUUUUAUGCAUUAAUAGAGUAUGUAAAUCCGGGAAUACUUGGUCCUUUGUCUACAUACAAAAAAGUAUAUGAGGAACCUAUUCUCAGAUCCCGAGAGCCUUCAGCAACGAAGGUACAUUAUCAUCAAAAUCUGGAAUUGAACAGCGUGGUUUAAAAUUAAGGGGCACCCGGUGCUUCUUGACAAUUUAUGAGGAAUGAACAGUUCUUUUGGAUGAGAUUGUACAGAAAGGCAUUACUUAACUUUACCCUUGCAGUGUUACAUGCGUUCAUACUUCUAAAACCUGAGUAGGAUUUUCAGAAUUUAUUGUACAACACAAACGGCUCCGUUUGGUCUUAGCUCCCUAUAGUGACUUCCAUUGCUGAAUACUAUUGAAAACUGGCGAAAUGCUCAUAACUUUUGCUGAGUGGGGUCUGCACAUCAGUAUGCAGAGGCACAACAUAUUUGGCACAAUGAGUUGGAAGGGGCCAUAACCUAGAAGCAGAGCCCAUGUUUUGCAUGCAGAAGGUCUCUAGUUCAAAAGGGGUUGGAAAAGAUCCUUGCCUGAAAUCCUAGAGAUCCAGUCCCCAUAAACGAUACAGUAGUAGCUGGACUAAUGGUCUGAUCUGUUACAAAGGAACUUCGUACCUUUGUACUCAUAAUAUGCUCAUAUUUUGAGGAUCCCUACUGUUAUUGGAUGAGUCACCCAGUAUCAGGGGUGGGUGGCAAGUUUGGUGUUCAUUGCAACAGUUGUCCUCAGGCACAGUACUUCACUCUUCCCUAUAGGAGUGAAAUGACAACUGUUGACUCAUGCAGGAGAAAGUUAAGGGGUGCAUGUUAACAGUGGAUAAGUCUGCUUCUUCCUCAUGGAAACCCUAUUGCCUUAACUCUGCUCCAGAUUGCAUUUCUUAGCUAAGCUAGAGUGGUAUGUGAACUUGAGAACUGGAUUUAUCAUUCCCUCUAUUUCUGAAACACUGUCACCACCCACCCACAGUAGGGGGAUGUAUCAGAACUGCACAUGCUCUGUACUGACUCUUUGUGGAGGGGGGGAUGGAAUGGAGUAUCCUGGAGGGGGACGGGGCUGCCUGACUCAAAGAGGAACACUCCUCAAUACAACAUUGCAGGUCUCUAUAUCUAUAGAUCAUUACUAUUCAGCUGAGCUUGCUUGUAUGAGCCAGUUUGACUGUCCAUUUCGUUUACUUAGGAAGAAAUUGAACUGGGAGAGAGAAGAGCAGCAGAACUGACUCGCCUCACUGGACUCUUCAUUCUGAGAAGAACCCAAGAUGUCAUAAACAAAUUCCUCCCUCCUAAAUUGGAGAGCAUACUUUUCUGCCGCCCAACAGCACUGCAGCUCGAUCUCUAUCGAAGUCUGAUGAGCUCUCCGUUUGUUAGAUCUUGCCUUCAAGGUAGUCUGGAAAACAGCUCCCAUUUAAUAUGCAUUGGAGCUCUGAAAAAGCUUUGCAACCACCCCUGCCUUCUCUUCAAAGCAAUAAAGGUUUGUAUAUUGUGCUUUGUUUAAACACAUUGUUUACAAAGCAUCUCACAUUAUCGGUGCCAUGAAAAAACACAAUGGACAGCAUUUCAGUCAACAUAAGGACCAGCAAGUAUCAAAAACCACAUAAGCAUAUCAAUAAAUUCACAAAUUACAGUAAUUCAAAAUGAGUUUAUCACAAAAAUACAAUGAAACUAUUCCCAAUUAUAUUAAUUCACCUAAAAAACCUGAUUCAGCAGCAUGAUAAUCUUGUUAAGAAAGGUGCUGCUUCUGUACUUUCUAACAAACCAUCUGGGAGUAGGAGCAAACCUUGAAAGUUGUGAAUAACUAUGGUGCUUGCAGAGUCAACAGGUCUGAGUGGGCAAUGAGAGGAAGAAACAAAUUACAUGCAUACAUUGUGUGGCAGGCACAUCUCAUAUUUCGGGCAGUUCACCUCCCAGCUUUUAUCUGAGCUUCCCUUGUAGCCCCACCCCCAUCUCUCACCUGGGGUUCAGAUCAUUACUCCCUCUAACACAGCCCUAAUGCCCUUUGAUGUUUACCCUUUGGGAGUGACCUGCCCAUGGCAGCUUUGGGAAAGAUGCUUCCCUCCCAGAUACUGCUGCAGAUAUAUGCCCCCCCCCCUCGGUUUCUACUUUCUCACCUGAGCACAUGGAACAGCUCUUGAGGGUUGUUAGUAUCAGCAGCGGCAGCUGCAGUUGAAGGCAUUGGAGGCAAGGAUCAAAUUCUUUUCCAGCCCUUCAGAUGUUCUGGCUGCUGUUACAGGACAAAUGAAUUUUCUUUGUCUCCCUUUCCCUUUGCCUCGAGGCUGCCCUGUUUGUUACUUACUACAGCAGUGCCUGCUGCUGCUGCUACCGGCAGAUCAGCAAAAAUCCUUUGAGAAAUUAUGUACUUCAGAAAGUAGCCGCACCUUUUGAUUUCUUCAAAAACCUCAAGCCUGGAAAGUGUGAAAAUGAAAUGCUAACCUUUAUCAGUUCCAUUUCUUACAGUCUUUAUUCUCUUAGCUGGCUUCUGCACUCAUUAUUAAUUGGGCUUUUCUUAUCCCGUCUCCCCAACUCCCUCUCAAACUAGUUAAUAAAAGAUGUCAAGAGAUGCCAGCGUAUUUUAUCUUGUCCUUUUACAAAGCAAUGCCUAUUGCUUCUGUUGUAUUAUAUUGCCAGUAGCAGCCAUGAUUCCUUCAGGGCAAUCUUUUAAAAAUGUAUGAUCUCCUUGAGGUUCCUGCAUUCCAGGGGGUUGGACUAGAUGACCCUCGAGGUCCCUUCCAAAUCCCUACAAAUCUAUGAUGCUACCUUUAUGGAAUCUUUUCCAUGCUGAUUUUCCAGGCAGCUCUCUUGUUCCAUCAUGAUGCUGCGUGUGUGCAAAAAAGCCACGGUACAUAGCGUGAUACCCAAUUUAUUAGUACUGGAAUAAUUGUAGUCCUGUAUAUAGUUUCAUGGGAGUAAGCUCCAUGGAGCUAAGUGGUGCUGAUUGCAUAGUUUAGACUUGUAAACCUUACUGAGCUUUAACAAGAGUUUUUUCAAGCCAUGCAACUUUUUGCCUUUAAUUAGAAACACACACAAUCCUACAAAGAAGUGUUGUCAUUUAAACUGCUGGCAUGGAGUGGGAGCUCUGUCAAAGGAAAAAUAAGAAUACUUGCAGUAUUAUCUACGUAUUCAACAUUUUGGGAUAUUCUGUCCUCAAUGCUUUAUAACACCCACUUUGGCUACAGCAUCCUUUUAUUCACUUCAGAGCAGCUGAAGAAGGAAGAAGCAGAAAUGUUUUGCUGUAAGGCUUUAAUAACUUUUGUUUGUCACUGAAGAAAAAAAAAAACCAGCUUUAGUGAUUAACUGCACCCUUCCAGGAUCCAGAGUAAACUUGUCUGAAGUGUGGUGCUUGAUGCUUUAAAAAUAAUAUGUCAUGUUAACAAUAAAAGCCACCCAACUUUUAAUGAACUGUUCUUUUUCUAGGACAAAGGAUGUGAUCCCAGUUGUGAUGUACAAGAGAAACAGAACCUCCAUGAGGCUUUGCUUGAUAUUGUUUCUCAAGAACAUACCCCAACCUCUUUCUCUGAGACUGACUCGGGGAAGUUGAACGUGCUGACGCAGUUGCUGGCAGCAAUUCGGGAACUGAGCCCUGCAGAAAGGUAGGAAAUUGGUUUGGUCAGCUUCUCUCUCUCUCUUUUUUUAGUGUAGUUGAAUCUUUUGAUUUAAUCUGAUUUCUCUCAGAUGACAUACACCUAGAACAGAUGAUCCUAACAAUCGAUGUUAUAAUAAUAAUAAUUUAUUAUUUCUACCCUGCCCAUCUGGCUGGGUUUCCCCAGCCACUCUGGGCGGCUUCCAACAAAGACCAAAAAUACACUAAAAUGUCACACAUUAAAAACUUCCCUGAAUAGGGCUGCCUUCAGAUGUCUUCUGAAUGUCAGGUAGUUGUUUAUCUCUCUGACAUCUGAUGGGAGGGCGUUCCACAGGGCGGAUGCCACUACCGAGAAGGCCCUCUGCCUGGUUCCCUGUAACUUUGCUUCUCACAGUGAGGGAACUGCCAGAAGGCCCUCGGCACUGGAUCUCAGUGUCCGAGCAGAACGAUGGGCGUGGAGACGCUCCUUCAGGUAUACUGGGUCAAGGCCAUUUAGGGCUUUAAAGGUCGACACCAACACUUUGAAUUGUGCUCAGAAACUUACUGGGAGCCAAUGUAGGUCUUUCAAGACCAGUGUUAUGUGGUCUCAGUGGCCGCCCCCAGUCACCAGUCUAGCUGCCGCAUUCUGAAUUAGUUGUAGUUUCUGGGUCACCUUCAAAGGUAGCCCCACGUAGAGAGCAUUGCAGUAGUCCAAGUGGGAGAUAACUAGAGCAUGCACCACUCUGGUGAGACAGUCCACGGGCAGGUAGGGUCUCAGCCUGCGUACCAGGUGGAGCCCAUUUUGCAUGGGCAGGAGUAAAAACAAGGCAAACCCCCUCCCUCCUGAACCACAACAAUGCACUUCUUAGAACCAUGCAGGUGGCAUCUGGCUAAAACACUCUUGCUCAACCUCUGCCCCAUGACUAUUUGUCACCUUGUGCUCUUUGAAGGAAGAAGGCUAGGUCUCUAUAAUGUUGUUCAUCUGAUAACCUGGCAUUCACUGAGUUUUAGCAAAGUUGUAGCCUGGGAAGCAGGCUAGAAUCAUAGAAUCAUAGAAUCAUAGAGUUGGAAGAGACCACAAGGGCCAUCGAGUCCAACCCCCUGCCAAGCAGGAAACACCAUCAGAGCACUCCUGACAUAUGGUUGUCAAGCCUCUGCUUAAAGACCUCCAAAGAAGGAGACUCCACCACACUCCUUGGCAGCAAAUUCCACCGUCGAACAGCUCUUACUGUCAGGAAGUUCUUCCUAAUGUUUAGGUGGAAUCUUCUUUCUUGUAGUUUGGAUCCAUUGCUCCGUGUCCGCUUCUCUGGAGCAGCAGAAAACAACCUUUCUCCCUCCUCUAUGUGACAUCCUUUUAUAUAUUUGAACAUGGCUAUCAUAUCACCCCUUAACCUCCUCUUCUCCAGGCUAAACAUGCCCAGCUCUCUUAGCCGUUCCUCAUAAGGCAUCGUUUCCAGGCCUUUGACCAUUUUGGUUGCCCUCCUCUGGACACGUUCCAGUUUGUCAAUGUCCUUCUUGAAGGACAUUGAGACUAGUAUUGAGACAGACGAUUGGUCCAAUCUAGCUCAAUAUUGUCUACAGCCCUCAGCUGCUAUGAUGACCCCCCCCCCAAAAUAACCUCUUCCACAUAGCAUAUGGGACCUUUUAAAAAAACUAGUUACCGCAGGGGAGUGUUACCCUCCCCUUCCCAGCUGCCUGCCUCUAAUUCACCCUGCCGCAACCCGGGCAGGAAUUAAGAAAAUAUCUCUCAUUUGUCAUUUGGGUGAAUGGAAACUUUCUUGGGGGGGGGGGCAGUGCUGAGGAGGGGAUGCUGCAGGCCAGAUCCAAAAGUGCUGCAGACCGCAUGUGGCUUGUGGCCUGGCACUUACCUGGACCUGUUCUGUGCUAAAAGGAGCCUUUCUCGACUCUAUACCUAGAGGUUCCAAGGAUUUGAACCCUGGACCUUUUUGCAUGCAAAUUAUGUACCCUGCCCUUGGUACACACGCUAAAGAUAUAUACGUUUUGGAGAUUUAAAUGCAAUGAACAUGAAGGAACUGUAUUAGCCAGUAACAGAUCUACUGUAUUCUGGAUUGACAGAGUCGUGGUGGUAUCCAAUUACACACAGACCCUGAACAUAUUGCAAGAGGUGUGCAAACGCCAUGGAUAUUCCUAUGCAAGGCUUGACGGCAACACUCCCGUCUCCCAGAGACAGCAGAUCGUCGAUGGUUUUAAUAGUAAAUUCUGCCCAUCUUUUAUCUUCCUGCUGAGUUCAAAGGCUGGUGGCGUGGGUCUGAACCUUGUUGGGGCCUCCCAUUUAAUCUUAUAUGAUAUCGAUUGGAAUCCAGCCACGGAUAUUCAGGUUUGUUGUGAAUGUCUGAAAAGCCUUUUACACCAGGCAUCAUUAGCAGCAUCUGUUUAAUGGCACACAUUUUUGUUCAAAGAAACAUUCAGAUUUUUGUAUGCAGGUCUAUGUCCUGGGGUUGCUGAGCAUACUUACCAAAGACGGAUGCAGGUGGAAUUAAUAUAUUUUCCAUUGCAGAAGUUUAACUUACUUUCUCACAGGAAAUUUCAAACAGGAUGCUCCAAGCCCAAUUCAAAUAGGCAAACUUCUCCCUUCCGAGGGUUAUAUGGUAGUUACUUUGAGAAUAGCUACAGUGUCUUCGUCUAGCGGUUUUUUCGUCUUGCGAAGCAACCCUAUUAGCGGCUUAGCGGAUUAGCGCUAUUAGCGGUUUAGCGGCUAUUAAAGGCUUAGUGGCUUAGCUGCUAAAAGGCUAUUAGCCGCUUAGCGGCUUAGAAAAAGGGGGGAAAGCGAAAAAAAAUCUCAAGACUCGCAAGACAUUUUCGUCUUGCGAAGCAAGCCCAUAGGGAAAUUCGUCCUGCGAAGCAACUCAGAAACGGAAAACCCUUUCGUCUAGCGGGUUUUCCGUCUUGCGAGGCAUUCGUCUUGCGGGGCACCACUGUAGUUGCAUAGGGGUCUCAUUAUUUUGAGCUCAGCUGCAAGAAACGAAAAUGCCAUAACUGAUUUAUGCAGGAUGGUUAAAAUAUCUGAAGUGCUGAAUAAUUCCCCUUGCAUUCAUUGUCUGAACCACGCUUUGAAGUAAGCCAUUGCCAUUAUAUUAUUAUUAUUAUUAUUAUUAUUAUUAUUAUUAAUAUUAUUAUUAUAUUCAACUUAUACACUGCCCUAUUCCUGGAGGUCUCAGGGCAGUACACAAUAAGACCACAACAUAUAAAAUCAAACCAAAAGCAGUAACCCAAUAAACCCCCCCCAAAAGCACUAGUUCCUCAUUUAGCUCACUGAUCUUGAAACCGAGGAAGGUUAAAAAGAAAAUUUGUGAUCUGACAUGGAGGCUUGUUGCUCAAAGAAGUUAAAAAAAAAAGUCGCUGGGCUGGCCAAAGGCCUUGCACACCUAAAGUUGUUCUUUGGAUCUUAACCAUUGUUUUGCACAUUAUGCACAGACAUACACAGGGUAAAAAAAUUGUAGAGAUGGCUGCUGUUUUUAAUACCAAAUUACUUUUAAAAUUAGAUGUGUAUGGAGGAAACAGGCUUUCAUCCAGUGGAGUCGUACAUUACCUUAAUUUGUUGGGAAAGGGUUAGGGAUGAUAGAGAUGCUGUAAUCAUAAUAAAGGGGGGAGGAGCCUGUGUAGUUUUGACAAUUCAGUUUGGUUGGUCAUGGCCACUGGAUGCUUUGCUCUUGAAAUUGAUGAUACACAUUCUGUUGGUUUUAAUGGAGUCAUCUUAAGGCUAUAGUUAAUAUGAGUUGUUCUGUGACUGGUGCUGCCACAGCCUCAGGGAGGCCUGAUUUGGAGUGGCACUGCAGAGCUGGGGAAUGGGGUUUUAACCCUUUACCAUUGUGCUGAGUCUCUGAUAGAUAAUCCCUCAUGCCAGAAGCUUCUAUUAGCUGUGGAAGGCCUGUGUGUGUUUUCCUCUCCGUAGCUAAUAGCAGCUAUAGGGAGGGGUGCUGAUUUUUGUUACGCAAUUGGCAGGUGGAGGUUCAGGCUUGCACUCCCCUCCUGCCAUGCCUCAGUCCAAAUACUGCAUCACCCACAGCUGUUUAUAAGACAGGGAAGAGAUGUUGGCAGCCCCAGUUACGGUUCUCCUUCACAUGUAGUUUUGGCCAGUGGGAUCCACUUUUUAUUAAACAUAUAUAGGUUUAUGUUGCACUUGGUUUUCCUUAUAAAUUCCAGGACCUGAUAGUUUGGGUCCGAAAAAGAACUGACAACCAAAUGUUAGAGAAGCGGGUAAAUUUAAAUAAGGUGAGAUGCGCUUGCCAGCCACAAUAAUACAGAAUAGUGUGCUCAGUCAUAUUUCCCUUCUCCUUCCCUUUUAGGCAAUGGCCAGAGUUUGGAGAGAUGGGCAGAGACAUACAGUGCAUAUUUACAGACUGCUUACUACAGGUCCGCCGCAUGAUAUUUGCAAACUCUUGUUUGAGUCUGGUUCGCAGGAAACACCUCUAGAUGUAUCCACUCUUAAGAAUUAUACAGCAUUUUCUGUUGGCUUUUAUUUCAGGCCCUCACUUCCAGAAAUAAAACCAGUGUCUCUGGUUUUUUCAAUGCAGGCACAAUAGAAGAGAAAAUCUAUCAGAGACAGAUCAGUAAGCAAGGGCUCUCUGGGGCAGUUGUCGACUUUUCCAAGGGAUCCGAACACAUCCGUUUUUCUGUUGAAGAACUUAGAGAUCUGUUCACCCUGCAUGAAGAGUCUAGCUGCCUUACCCACGAUUUGCUGGAGUGUAAAUGUACAGAAAAGGAAGGUGACCUAGGUGAGUUUUGUUUUGCUUUCGUUCCUCCUCUCCAUUGGCCACUGGCUCCUCUCCAACUCGGUAUACAAUUUGGUUCCCAGCAUUCCUUUAAUGUCUUUAUAAAUUGCAAAAAUAGGGAUUGGUAGCUUUCAGUGGUAAUUGCUUUUAUGUGAAUAACAAAUUGCCUCUUUGUGGAACCUCUAAAUCAGGGAUGGAGAACCUGCUGUUGCCCUCCUGAUGACUAACAUCCAGCAUGGCCAAUGGCCAAGAGUUAGAGGUGAUGGGAGCUGUAACAGAAUAGAUUAUUAUGACUCUACAAAGUUUUAGAAGGAGUCUGAUGCUGUUUCAAGCUUCUCUUGGUAUCUCAGGAUCUUAGCUAUGGGAUCUCUCUUUGAUCAGACCUGGAUGGAAGGUGAUUUCCUGGUUCACGUCACGCCUCAGAGUAUGGGUGAGAUCAGUGUGACGCCUCCUGCGCUCCACCGGAUCGCGCCAUGCUGUUCUACUUUACCAUAUACCAACAACUAUUGCUGCGAUAUGCGAAAUUUCGUAGCCCCAACGUCACGGCGAUUAUGA